UCGUAUUGAAGAGAACAGAGAAAGGAACUAACCACUUGGCAUGCCUGCCCGGAGGAUGCCCUGAAAGGACUAAGGACAUCCGGAUUGAGCCAUGGAUACGGGAAAACGAUUGCAGUUUCACGAACAGUAAAGAACUGUGUUUUAUAAGUGACAUUCCUGGUGUGGAUUUAACAAACUGUUUUACUGAUUGACAUUCGUAUUGGUGGAAUUAACAGAACAGAAAAGUGUAUUACUGAGUGACAUUCCCGUGAAUGGAAUUAACAGAACAGAACAGUAUAGAACUGUGUUUUACUGAGGGACAUUCCUGUUGGUGUAAUUAACAGAACAAAAAAAUGUGUUUUACUGAGCGACAUAACACACAACACGUAUGCUAAUAGUGAGGAUGACAGUAACACCAAGAACACCAUUCAAGGAAGUGGAAAGGAUGAGUCCUGUGAAAUGUAGAAAUGAACAGAUGUAUUCCUCAUCAAUCAAAUUAUUAUUGUCUAUCAAACUUCUUAUCUAUGAUUUUCUCCUUAGUUAAAGAACUUGACAUCAAGGCUUAUUACAAAUGCGUAACUGUCAAAGAAUCAGAGUCUAAUUUGUUCAAAACCUAUUCAUAGUCAUUAAGUUCAAAGGAAUCAAAAGAGCUUCCAAAUGAAUGCUGAGACAUAUUUUUCAAUGGGUUAUUGUUCUGUAUACGCAAUCAAUAAUUAUGCGUUUUACUUUGAUGAUUUCUGUAAUGUUGUAAGUUUUUAACAACAUAAGGGUAACGAAAACAUAGCAAAUGGCACUAGCAACAAACAAAAAUGAGGAAUGAUUCACACAAGUCGUGUCAAACGUACCUUGUAAGUCCUUGACAGGUUGAGUUUCAGAGUCCUUGUUAGUCGGUGAAGUAGUAGGCGACAAUUUAGAGUCCUCGAUAGUAGACGGCACUUUAGAGUCCUUGGUAGUCGGCAGCGUUUUAGGACCCGUGGUAGUAGGUGACAUGUAGGGGGUUAGCCUUUUAAGGUUAUGUCCUCCAUAUACUGUCGUCCUAUUCGUGACAGUGAUACAAGUACAUCUUGUAGCUGUACAAUCCCAGGCUUUGUUGGUGCUUAGCGGUUUACAACACCUACUUACCCUUGGGCACAGAGGUGUGCAGCUGCAUAUGGCCAAAAGUAGCGAGAACACUUUAAACGAAAUCAUCAUCUAGCGGAACUUUAUGUGGAAUGAUGAAAAAUCAGGAAACUUGCUUGUUUUGUUUCUUAGUUGACACUUUCAGAUUUGUUGAUAUUUAUUUGUUCUUUUAGUGAAUGUCAUCACUUAUCAAGGAUGGGGACCGUUAACUGAUAACCUAUGUGCUUAUUUCAUUAUAACUCUGAUAUUAACAAAUUACUUUUUUGUUAGCUUAACUUUGUAAAUGCCAUCACUAAUCAACGGUAAGUUAAUAUGAUACCCCUGGUGCGCUGUUUCGUUUUGACCACAAAUAAAGUGUGACUGAGAUAAGUGACAGUUUUCUAUAUACAUGACGCUCGAACAGGAAGUGAGAUACAAGUGACAGUUUUCUAUAUACAUGACGUUCGAACAGGAAGUGAGAUACAAUAGUUGCAUACUGUCUCUCUGUGACCCUGUCUCCUCUAAUCAACACCUUAAUGAGAACGGUUAUACAUUUACAUUUGUUUAUAGGACAUGAAGGGUUGACGGGACAUACACCUCUCCCUAUCUCUCCGUGAUGAUGUUUUCUCUUUCGUUUAUCAACACAAUAAUGUCAGCUAUUGUAUAUAUUCUUUUUGAAACAAUUAGGGCUUGGAUGACAAACAUAUCCUUUUGUUUAUGGGAUGAGAGGUGACCAGAGACCACCUAUGGGAAGACCGCAUGGCACUGAAUAAAAUAUGAGGUCAAUGGCGUUCUCUGCAGGUACCAUUCUGUAGUUAACCAUGAUAGUGGUAUCAGGACAAUGACCUCUGAAAGAGUCAGCAUUUUUUUUUUUUUUUUUUUUAAAGAGUAUUGAACUUAAUGCUUAGUUACCUUAAUGAUUCUUACUAACGAAUAAACUUGCUUCCUACUACACCUGUGUAAAAUUAACGGUUUCCUGUCUUAUUGAGCUAUGGUGAUAAAAUCAGUGCAGAUCCUGUUAUCUACCUCACUCUUCUAAAAAUUCGCCGAGAAUACAGACUGAAAUGGCUGAAAAUUAAAUCAAUAACGGACACCCAAAUUGUGAACCUUGUUGAAGAAUUUGGAGAUAUGGAGGAUUUCGGAGAAACAGACCCAUUCUUAAAAUUUCUUGAUUCUAGCAUUGAAUGGGAGGAUUCCAUUGUGAGGAAAGAGCUCGUAGGUAACAGCUCUACACCAUCAAAAACGGAACAAAACAACGUCAUUGUGAUAUCUGAUGAGGAUUCCCCAAUGAAACUCCAAAAAAGAAUAAUCCAGAAUAGAGUCAAUGACCUUCAACGUAAAAACGAGCUCUUGCUGCUGGAAAAGCGAGAGUUAGAAAAAGGUUUGGACAUAAUCAUCAAAGAGUUGGACCAAAUAAAAAACAUAUUGUAAUUAUUUGUAAUAAACAAAAUAAACGAAAAAACACUUA